AUGAGCAGCGAUGACUCCUCUCUUAUGGCUGGGAUCAUUUACUAUAGCCAGGAGCAGUACUUCCAUCACGUGCAGCAGGCCGCAGCCUCGGGCCUGGAAAAAUUCAGCAAUGACCCCGUCCUAGAGUUCUUUAAAAUCUACGGGAUCCUCAGGGAAGAGCACAUCCAGGAUGCCAUUAGCAACCUGGAGAGUAUCCGGAAUCAUCCAGACGUGUCCUUGUGCUCCAUCAUGGCCCUCAUUUAUGCUCACAAGUGCUGUGAAACCAUUGACCGAGAAGCCAUUCAGGAGCUGGAGAGCAGCCUGAAGGAAACCCGCAAGACAGCCAGCGCAACGGCUAUGUACUACGCAGGCCUCUUCCUCUGGCUCAUGGGGCGCCACGACAAGGCCAGGGAGUACGUCGACCGCACCCUGAAGCUCUCCAGCAGCUCCAGAGAGGCGACCUACUUCAUGUUGCAGCAGAACUACUCGGGGGCACUGGAGGUGGCGAACCAGAUCACUGUCACCUCGGGGAGCUUCCUGCCUGCCCUGGUCCUAAAAAUGCGGCUGUUCUUGGCUCGGCAGGACUGGGAGCAGACAGUCGAAAUGGGACACAGAAUUCUAGAAAAUGAUGAGUAUAAUAUCGAUGCCUGCCAAAUCCUAGCCAUGCAUGAGCUUGCAAGAGAAGGAAAUAUGACCACAGCUACCAACCAUGUUAGAAAUCUGAUUAAGGCACUGGAGACAAAGGAGCCUCAAAAUCCAAGCCUCCAUCUUAAAAAAAUUCUUGUGAUUAGCAGGCUGUGUGGGAAACACCAGGCGAUUCUCCGGCUGGUGUGCCCCUUCAUGGAGCGUGCAUUCGUGGCCACACCCUCCUAUGCCCAUGUGGCCACGGAGCUGGGCUACCUCUUCAUCCUGCACGACCAAGUGAGGGAGGCGUCUCAGUGGUACUCGGAGGCCAUGAAACUGGACGGGAGCAGUGUGGCUGCCUUAACAGGGCUCAUCUGGUGCCAGAUCCUGGACGGCCACCUGGAAGAGGCAGAGCACCAGCUGGAAUUCCUGAAGGAGGUGCAGCAGUCCCUCGGGAAGUCUGAGGUGCUGCUUUUCCUCCAGGCCCUCCUGGCAUCCCGCAAGCACAAGGGAGAGCAGGAAGCCACUGCCCUCCUGAAGGAGGUCGCAGAGUUGCACUUCUCCAGCAUGCAGGGACUCCCCCUAGGCUCUGAGUACUUUGAAAGACUGGACCCCCACUUCCUGGUCUGCCUCGCCAAGGAGUACUUGUUCUUCUGCCCCAAGCAGCCCCGGUCACCAGGCCAGAUUGUGUCUCCGCUCCUUAAACAAGUCGCCAUGAUCCUGGCUCCUGUAAUCAAAGCAGCGCCAGCGCUGAUCGACCCCCUGUAUGUGAUGGCUCAGGUCAAGUACCUCUCAGGAGAGUUAGAGAAUGCCCAGAGCACCCUGCAGCGCUGCCUGGAGCUGGACCCUACCUCCGUGGAUGCCCACCUCCUCAUGUCCCACAUCUACCUGGCACAGGGCAAUUUCGCCAUGUGUUCCCACUGCUUAGAGCUAGGCGUCAGCCACAACUUCCAGGUCCGAGACCACCCCCUCUACCACUACAUCAAGGCCAGGGCCCUCAACAAGUCUGGGGACUAUCCAGAAGCCAUAAAGACCCUGAAAAUGAUCAUAAAAUUGCCAACUCGGAAGACAGAAGAAGGCAAGAAGUUCCGCGGGCCCUCCGUACAGCCCAGCGAGCGGGUGUCCAUCUUACUGGAACUGGCAGAUGCCCUCCGGAUGAAUGGGCAGCUGCAUGAGGCCACUAAGGUCAUGCAGGACGCCAUCAAUGAGUUCAGCGGCACACCAGAGGAGAUCCGCAUCACCAUUGCCAACGUGGACUUGGCCCUGAGCAAGGGGAAUGUGGACAUGGCACUGAGCAUGCUGAGGAACAUCACGCCCAAGCAGCCCUGCUACACAGAAGCCAAGGAGAAGAUGGCCAACAUCUACCUGCAGACCCGCAAAGACACCCGCCUCUACAUCGGCUGCUACCGGGAGCUCUGUGAACAUCUGCCUGGUCCCCACACCAGCCUGCUAUUGGGUGAUGCUUUCAUGAACAUUCAAGAGCCUGAGAAGGCCUUGGAGGUUUAUGACGAGGCCUAUAGAAAGAACCCACACGAUGCAUCCCUCGUCAGCAGGAUUGGGCAAGCCUAUGUGAAAACCCACCAGUACACCAAGGCAAUUAAUUAUUAUGAGGCCGCCCAGAAGAUCAGUGGACAGGACUUUCUGUGCUGUGAUCUGGCUGAGCUGCUCCUGAAGUUAAAGAAAUUCAACAAGGCAGAGAAAGUUCUGAAACAAGCACUGGAACAUGACUCUGUCAAGGACAUCCCAUCCAUGAUGAAUGAUGUCAAGUGCUUGCUUUUGCUGGCAAAGGUUUAUAAGAGUCAUAAAAAAGAAGACGUGAUGGGAACUUUGAACGAGGCCAUGGACCUCCAGUCUCGGAUACUGAAGCGUGUUCCACUGGAGCAACCAGAAAUGAUCCCCUCCCAGAAGCAACUGGCAGCCUCCAUCUGUGUCCAGUUUGGGGAGCACUACCUGGCAGAGAAGGAGUUUGCCAAGGCAGUGCGUUCUUAUAAGGAUGCCCUCUUCUACUCGCCCGUUGACAAUAAGGUGGUGCUGGCGCUGGCGCGGCUCUUCCUGCUGCAGGGACAGCUGGACCUGUGUGAGCAGCACUGUGCCAUCCUCCUACAGUCUGAGGAGCACCACGAGACUGCCUCUGUGAUGAUGGCUGACCUGAUGUUUAGAAAACAGAAAUAUGAAGCUGCUGUCGAUCUCUACCACCAAGUCCUGGAGAAAGCGCCAGACAAUUUUUUGGUACUGAAUAAACUAAUUGAUCUGCUAUGGAGAAGUGGCAGACUUGAAGAUGCCCCUGCCUUCUUUGAAUUGGCCAAGAAGAUGUCCAGCCGCAUUCCUUUGGAGCCAGGCUUCAACUACUGCAGAGGCAUCUACUGCUGGCACAUAGGGCAACCCAACGAAGCACUGAAGUUCCUAAACAAAGCGCGCAAGGACAGCUCGUGGGGCCAGAGUGCCACCUACUACAUGGUACAGAUCUGUCUGAACCCAGACAACGAGAUCGUGGGCGGAGAGGCUUUUGAGAACCUGGUGGCUGAGAGCAACUCCACCGACAGGAAGGGCUCGGAGCAGCAUGGUGUGCGCACCGCGGAGAAGCUGCUGCGUGAGUUCUACCCGCACUCGGCCCGGGGCCAGACCCAGCUGCGACUGCUGCAGAGUCUCUGCCUGCUGGCCACCAGGGAGAAGGCCAACGUGGAGGCGGCGCUGGGCACCUUCAUCGAGAUGGCGCAGGCCGAGAAGGAGAGUGUCCCCGCCCUGCUGGCCAUGGCACAGGCCUACGCGCUGCUGAAGCAGGUCCCCAAGGCGCGCACGCAGCUGAAGCGUCUGGCCAAGGCCCCGUGGGCGCUGGAUGAGGCCGAGAACCUGGAGAAGAGCUGGCUCCUACUGGCGGACCUGUACUGCCAGGGCGGCAAGUUCGACCUGGCGUCGGAGCUGCUGCGGCGCUGCGUGCAGUACAACAAGUCCUGCUGCAAGGCCUAUGAGUACAUGGGCUUCAUCAUGGAGAAGGAGCAGUCCUACAAAGAUGCAGCCACCAACUACGAGCUGGCCUGGAAGUACAGUCAUCACGCCAACCCUGGCAUUGGCUUCAAACUCGCUUUCAACUACUUGAAGGACAAGAGAUUUGUGGAGGCCAUUGAAGUCUGCCACCAUGUUCUCAGAGAGCAUCCUAAUUACCCCCGGAUCAGAGAAGAAAUUUUGGAAAAGGCCCAAGGGUCUCUGAGGCCCUAG